AUGAAUGUAUUCUUGCUACCUGUGGAAACUUGCAAUGAGAUGGAGCAAUUGAUGUGUAAGUUUUGGUGGAGUUCGUUGAAGAACAACAAAGGAAUUCAUUGGAAAAAGUGGGAUAGAUUGACGAUACAUAAGUCUAAAGGUGGUAUGGGAUUUCGCAACUUACAUGAAUUUAACUUGAGUUUGCUUUGUAAACAAGGAUGGAGAUUGUUUAGUUGUCCGGACUCACUUGUCAGCAAGAUUUUUAAAGCUAGGUACUACCGUAAUGGUGCCUUUUUAAAUGCUGAGUUGGGGAGCAAUCCAAGUUUCGUGUGGCGAAAUAUUUAUGAAACUCAAGAGAUCGUUCGAAAAGGGGCGAGAUGCAGAGUUGGUGAUGGUUCUCGAAUUAAUAUAGUGUUGGAUCUGUGGCUGUCGAAUGAAGAUAAUCCAAGAGUAACUUCGAAUAAUCCUGCUCUUAUUGAUCAAAAUGUUAAAGCACUUAUGGAAACUGAUACGUUGGCUUAG